AUGAAUCAAAAAAUUCAAACGUUUAUAUCAAAUGUUAUUUUAUAGGUAAAAGAAUGUUUGCAAUAUCAAUUAUUAACACCAUUUCAAACACUCGUUUGGGAAUUGAAAAAUACUGUAAUGAAAAGUUAUUGGAAUAAAGAAGUUGGAAAAACUCAUUAUUUAGUACCGUAUUUACCAAUCGGUAUGGAUCCCCUAAAAACAACUUUCGGAAAAAAAUUUAAAUCUAAGGCAACAAUGGCGGAUUUAAUUAAUCCUCCCAAAAUUGACAUAAAACCAAUAAUGCGCACAGAUGUUAAUUUCUGUAGAUUUAAAGAAAUAAGUCAAGAAGAUGAAGGAACACAAAUUACUAGAAAUUAUAAUUGUCACUUUAACAAAUAUACAUAUUUCGGAAAAAAGAAUAAUGCUGAUGUAGAAGGAUCUCGAAUUAAAAAGAUUAUACAAGGCAAAGAUUAUAAUGCUACUACGUUAGUCAAUUGUAUUCAAGCAGAUUUCUUAAAAGACACACAACUUCUUCUUGGACAAAUAAAAAAUCCGACAAAAAAAUGUUUAUCUCCAUCAACUAUAUAUGGUAAACCCUCGGCAAAACAAACAGAUUCAGUAGCUGAUUCACUACAAGAAUCACCUAUAGACAAAACGUUACUCUUCAAAUGGAAAUAUUUACAAUAUCUGCGUAGCUUACGUAAUAAUCUUAAAAAACGUAUUCCAUAUAUCGAUUACUUCGAUAUUUAUGAAAAUUUGGCUUCUUUGGACAAGGAACAUACUGGUAUCCUAACAGAAGAAGAUGUAUUUACAAUUUUAGGAAACUAUAAUAUCCAUCCCGAAAGACGACUAUUUGAAGCAUUGUUAGAUCUUUUAGAAUUACGACAAAAUGGAAAAAUUUUUUAUAAUGAUGUAGUGAAUCUUCUAAACUGGAAAUGUCCAUUUCCCACAUUGCCGAUAACAAAAAAAAGUAAAGAAGAUAUAUCAUCUCUACAUGAAAAUGAAAAUAAAUCUUACAUAACUCCAUCUAAAUAUCAUUUUUGUAAUGAAAAAUCGUAUGCAAAGAUUGAUAAUGCUUAUGCUUUAAUUUUUCCCAAUAUUUUUACAAAAUAUGGCUUGGAUCAUAUAGAUUUUUUCAAGCUUCGAAGUAAACAUGAAAUACGAAGUAUAUUUGAAAAUAUUGGAAUUACAUUUCCUGAUAACACUUUUGAUAUACUCUGGGACAAAGCAAAUCAAAAAGACGGUGCUGAGGGUGUAUGUGUUGAUACAUUUAAUUCUUUGUUAGAUGUAUCUACAAAUUGAACUCAUAAAAAUAUAAAAUAUCAAAUAUAUUAAUAAUAACAAUAAAUAAAAUACUUGUAGAAAAUAAAAUUACAAAAAACUUGGGUAGA